AAAGCUGCUCUGAUCACUCGCCUUUCUCUUUCUGCCGCCGCGCCUUUCGGUUCCUUGCUUCAUUCCCAAGGAUGGCAUUCCAUGGACGCUAGCUUAUUGCCUGCCUCUCCCUGCCGGAGCGGCGACAUGAAUCUCCCACCACCCAGCAGAGUACCUUGGACACAGCAACCAGUGCGUGAGGGAGAGAUGGUGACGACGGACUGGGGGCCGAUCAUCGUGGCGGUGGUGCUGUUCAUCCUGCUGUCGCCGGGGUUCCUGUUCCAGCUGCCGGCGAGGUUCAGGGUGGUGGAGUUCGGCAACAUGGGCACCAGCGCACUCUCCAUCCUCGUCCACGCCAUCCUCUACUUCUGCAUACUGACCAUCGUCGUCGUAGCCAUCGGCGUCCACGUCUACUCCACCAAGCCCGAUCCCGUAGACUAAAUUUCCAUGCGUUUAAUUUUUUUCCAGUAGGAUACGGUGGUGUAAUCAUAUGUGUUGGUGUUUUGUUUUCACUUUCUAUAUAUACAGUGAUUUUUCAUGCUGCCCUAGAUCAACAAUAACAGAAAUAAAAUGGUAAAGAGCCUUUGUGCUCUCUUGUUUA